AUGGGGGCUUCUACGCGUUCCUCGAGAAGCUGGAGAAACGCACGGAAAUGUUCUGACUCAAGAGGCCAGCCAGGCAAGUCCCCACGCGGAGGUCGUCAACCCCAAGGCCCUAUCGCCGAGGACUUCGCUGUCCUCAACGACAAGGAUAAGGCCAGAUACGAGGCGACGUUCGAGAACGCCCUGGACACUGCGAAGGUGGACGCCUAUGGGUACCCGCAGGUACUCUCUGUUUUUGAUCAGCCAACUCCGUUUAACCUCAUCGUUCCACUCAGUUCCUCAUCUUUCUUCUCGCAGUUACUCUUCAGGCUCCCUUUUAGUCGUAUCCUCUUUUGGCACGCCGACAACGCGUUUCAUUUCCGUAGGUUCCGUCCGCCUUUAACGAUCAGCCCGACACUGUUCCAAAGAGGCGAGUCCCACCUCGUUCCAAAAUCACCAACUCUAAAGUACUCCGCAAGGAUACGACACGAAGUCUUCCCAAUAUGCACGCAAUUACGUGUUAUGGAACUCGCAAGUCCCUAA